AUGGUGGCAAGGGUGGUGGAAUCAAGCACUGGAAGUCAUGGGCUGAUGAACAUGAAGCAUCAACAACAACAACAACAACAACAACAGCAUGAGGUGAAGGGCAAGAGGGAGAAUAAGCAAGAUGGGGUAGUGUUGCAUUGCAAUAAGGGGAAGAGUAGCAAAUUCAAGAGGAGUAGUAUCAAUGGGGAGGAAGAUGCAACUUCCUCGGCCAUACUAUUCUUGGCUUCGACCCGUUCUACUCGAGCGCAUCCAGCUCCCGCUAUUGAGGACCCAGCUCUUGAGGUCUUGAUUCUGCCCCUUGUGGUGCCUAUUUCCCCGCCCGAGCCUGCUGUUCCAGUUUCUGAGGCUCCAGCUCUUUCUGCCGCACCCGUGCCUCCACCUGAGGCGAGUGCCGCUCUUGCUCAUCCUACGGUUUUGGUUGGGGUUGAGCAUUUUCAACAGAUGAUGCAGGCCGUCACUGCUAUCCUUUAG